CUCCACACUUUCACUUCACCAUCAUCAUCACUAAUACCUGAAACUAAAACCUUCCUCUUUCUCUCAAAUGGCGGCCAUUACUUCCACUCUCUCUCUCUCUUCCACCAAGCCUCAAAGGCUUUUCGACUCCUCCUUCCAUGGCUCAUCAAUCUCGGCCGCACCUAUCUCCGUCGGUCUCAAACCACGAUCUGCCUCUCUUUCCGUUCGCGCCACUUCUGGCUACGAUCUAAACGCCUUCACUUUCGAUCCCAUAAAGGAAUCGAUCGUCUCUCGUGAGAUGACCAGGCGGUACAUGACUGAUAUGAUCACUUACGCCGAGACCGACGUCGUCGUUGUCGGUGCUGGAUCCGCCGGAUUAUCCUGUGCUUACGAGAUCAGUAAGAACCCUAACGUUCAGGUCGCGAUCAUUGAACAAUCCGUUAGUCCCGGAGGUGGCGCGUGGCUCGGUGGUCAGCUUUUCUCCGCCAUGAUUGUGCGCAAACCAGCACAUCUGUUCCUAGAUGAGAUUGGUGUUGCUUACGACGAACAAGACAACUACGUGGUGAUCAAGCACGCUGCUCUCUUCACAUCAACCAUCAUGAGCAAGCUUUUGGCUCGUCCCAACGUCAAGCUCUUCAACGCCGUAGCCGCAGAGGAUCUGAUCGUGAAAGGUAACAGAGUCGCUGGUGUGGUUACCAACUGGGCUCUAGUGUCGAUGAACCACGACACACAGUCCUGCAUGGACCCUAAUGUCAUGGAGGCCAAGAUUGUCGUGAGCUCGUGUGGCCAUGACGGUCCAUUUGGAGCCACAGGUGUUAAGAGGCUCAAGAGCAUUGGGUUAAUCGACCAUGUUCCUGGGAUGAAAGCUCUGGACAUGAACACAGCUGAGGACGCGAUUGUGAGAUUGACCAGAGAGGUUGUUCCCGGUAUGAUUGUUACCGGUAUGGAAGUUGCUGAGAUCGAUGGCGCUCCAAGGAUGGGACCUACUUUUGGAGCUAUGAUGAUAUCUGGACAGAAGGCGGCACAUCUCGCUCUUAAAGCGUUGGGACAGCCCAACGUUUUGGACGGAUCUUAUGUCGGAAACCUAAGCCCCGAGCUGGUCUUGGCCGCUGCUGAUUCAGCUGAAACCGUAGAUGCUUAAAGGUGAGGUUUUUUUAACGUAAGAGAAAAUUUCCCUUGAUCCUUCUGAUGUGGAAGGAGUUGUAAUAAAGGAGGAGUUUUAGGUGUUUAAAAACUUUGGGUUAAGUGACUGUUUAUGUUAUCCACUUUCUGUGUAUUUUGUUUCUUUGUUUCUUCUUAAUGAAAUGUUUCUUUUGUGUACACAA